AUGGCCAUGGCUAUCCCUUUCCACAAAUCAGCGAGUUCAUAUUCCUUUCCAAACACUUGGAUCGCUCUCUUGGUAACCCUCCUUUCUUUCUUUCUUCUUCCCUCUUCUGACUCAGUUUAUUUCCAACUAUCUCGUUUCGAUCCUGGUGCAACAAGCAUACUCUAUGAUGGAGAUGCGGUAGCUAAUGUUGGGGCCAUUGAAUUCAACAACGUUAAUUAUCUAUCUCGACUUAUUGACCGUGAGCUCGGUCCCCAGACAACCAGGUUGGCCGGAACAUUUGGUUACUUAGCACCAGAGUACAUAAGAACAGGAAAAGCCAGUAAAGGGUCAGAUGUAUACAGCUUCGGGAUGGUUGCCUUAGAAAUUGCUACUGGAAGAAAGUCAGUUGAUCUGAUAGAUGGGAAAUAUCAAAUUGGGUUGGUAGAGUGGGUUUGGGAUCUAUACGGAGGAGGGCAGCUUGUUUCAGCUUUAGAUGAGGGGCUAAGAAUGGAUUUUGACGCUAAACAAGUAGAGUGUUUGAUGAUUGUGGGGCUAUGGUGUGCUCACCCGGAUCACAGUUUGAGGCCAUCAAUAAGGCAAGCAAUACAAGUGCUCAAUUUUGAUGCAGCAGUGCCAAAUCUUCCAUCAAAGAUGCCUGUUCCUAUGUAUCAUGUACCAGCUGGUACCCAAUCAACUGGUUCUGGAGAGCCUAUGCUGACUAACACAAGCAUUGAUGUUGGUCGUUAA